AUGCCUCCAUCUGCCAUCGAGCAGCUCUACACUUUUGGCAUCUCCGAGUCCCCAAUCAACCACAAUACAAGACUGCAUCUGAUCCAUCAUCAAGCACUCCUCCCACUACUGCCAUCACCUCCUGUCCAUAUAAUCUCGGAAACGGUCAUGCAGCCAUCAGCAUGGCCAAAAAGCACAGACUCACCCGCACUCCCAAGGUGGAAAUCUCUCGAGGAAAAGAGGAGCGUACGACACCUUACCCCCGAGAAACCUCAACACGAUACCGACAGCCCUUCGCGCAUCCUCAGACAACCCAAGCAUCACGCACCGACGAGAGCCCCCAUCACAACCACCGCCAGACCCGGACCACAACCUGUUGAGCGUAAGGACAGCCAGUCAAGGCGUAUCUUGAAGAAGAUCAAGAGCGGAUUCCGGGAGCUCUUUUCGCGCAAGCGCUUUGGCGGACAUCAGCGGCUGGAUGACGGCAACGAUAACGAGGAAUAUGUGUACUAG